AUGAGGAUUAAGAGGAAAGACGGUAGCGGGAAGUGGUAUAUGUCGCGUUUUGUUGAAGAGCAUAAUCGCGAACUGGCGUUUGGGAAGCUUGUGGAUUAUCUACGGUCACACAAGAAGAUAUCUGAGGUAGAAGUUGCUCAGCUAACAAGCAUGAAGGAGAUUGGGAUUAUCAUUCCGAAGAUUUAUAAGUCAUUUGCAGCACAACUAGGGGGUUUUAACCUGGUUACAUUUACGAAGCAAGAUAUGUAUAACGAGGUGCGAAAGCAGAGAAGGCUCCAAGGUGGAGACGUAAAUGCAGCUAUAAGGUACCUGGAAGGUUUGGCACGUAUGGAUGGGAAACUGUUUUGGAGGUACAAGGUUGGGGCAGGGCAACACCUAUGCAACUUGUUUUAG